UUCUCCGCAUCUUAUUCAAACAACCUAAACUCUCCUACAUUCCAUUCAUCUCUACCAAUUCCCAUUCUACCCUUUCCUUGCUGAUAUCACGGACCAAUGGCUCGCACGAAGCAGACGGCCAGGAAAUCGACGGGAGGAAAGGCUCCACGCAAGCAGCUCGCGACCAAGGCUGCGAGGAAAUCCGCCCCAGCGACGGGAGGCGUGAAGAAGCCGCACCGAUUCAGGCCAGGAACGGUGGCCCUGAGAGAGAUCCGAAAGUACCAGAAGAGCACGGAGCUUCUGAUAAGGAAGCUGCCUUUCCAGAGGCUCGUCCGUGAGAUAGCUCAGGACUUCAAAACAGAUCUGAGGUUCCAGAGCAGUGCUGUUGCUGCACUCCAAGAGGCCUCUGAGGCUUACCUGGUGGGCCUUUUCGAGGAUACCAAUCUCUGCGCCAUCCAUGCCAAGAGGGUCACCAUCAUGCCCAAGGACAUCCAGCUUGCCCGUAGGAUCCGUGGUGAGAGGGCUUAAAUGAUUAACGGUCCUGAUCUGUCCAAUGCCACUGAAGUUUUUAGGUUUUUCUUAGUUUUUAUCCUCUUGAUUUGUUACAUCUUGUAGCAAUCUUGGAUGUGUUUUUCUUUCGUAAACUUAUGAAAUUUACAGUGAAAUGGAUUAUUAAGUUGUUA